ACAUCAAACGUGCGAGUCUCUCGAUGAAUUGUUUAUAUUAAUGUAUUUUUUAUUUACUUGCAAAAAUACUGUAGACAUAUUAGCAAGUUCAACCAAUUUAGAACAAUAAAUAAAGUUUAUUAAACAAUUCAUUUUUGUUCGUGGGCUAUGUAGUAAAGACGUUACUCUUUAAAUUGCAUAGCUUAUUUAAAAUGAAUGAAAGUGUGGAAGCGUGUUCUUUAGCAACAGAAUGCGCGUCACGUCAACAGCAGAUGCUUGGGAACACAGCGCAGCGGAAGAAGGUAGCCUACGCUGUCAUGGCGGAGAGAAACGCUCUGGAGAAACUCGAUGUCGGCGCUUUAAACCCUGAGCAGCAGGAGAAGUUGCAUCACUUCAAGAUCAAGACGAGGAUAGCCAAUGAAAAAUAUUUAAGAUCUCAUCCAGAGGUGGAAAUGUUACUGGGUGACUUCUUAAGGAAUGUGUUUUUGAAAAAGCCUAUGGAUAUUCGUGAAUUCGCAGCAGAUCAUUUCAGUGACCCAGGACUGUCAGAGAAAAUCCAGGCCCAAAUGAAUAUGCACAAUAAGUGAAAAUUGUGGAUUUACACUUGUUUUUUAAUUAAAAAAAAAAA